UUCUUUCUUAACGUAACUACUAAUUAUUUGACAGGUUGAAGCAGAACAGAUUUUGGAGGUGCUUUCUGAGUCGUAGCCUCGUAGGUAAAUAUGCAGGCUAGUGACAGGUUCAACAUUAAUUCCCAGCUUGAACAUCUCCAAGCCAAAUAUGUUGGAACUGGGCAUGCUGACUUGAAUAGAUUUGAGUGGGCUGUGAACAUUCAACGCGACAGCUACGCUUCAUAUGUUGGCCAUUACCCAAUACUUGCUUAUUUUGCCAUUGCAGAAAAUGAAUCAAUAGGAAGAGAACGUUACAAUUUUAUGCAGAAAAUGCUAUUACCAUGCGGUCUGCCUUCUGACAGAGAAGAAGAUUGAGAUUUGUUCGGGUGUUCGAAGCAUUUCAAAUUGUGGGCUCUUGUGAGAAGUUGAUGCUUUGCUAUCAGUUGUAAUUUAGCUUGCCUAAACUAAAACUAGAAGAAAAAAGACCUUGUUAUGUUAAGGAAUUGAAAAACUGACUCAAAUGGAUUAGGCACUCAAAAUUUGUACCAGAGCUUUUAUUUUAAUGUAAGAUUCUAUAUUCACUUAU